UGUAACACUCUAUGUGUGAAUAAUACUUUAAAUCAACAUAUUACACAAAAUUAAUAAUAAUGUGCUAUAAUCAUUUAUUCUAUUUGAUUAGUAGUAUUUUUAUCUUAUCAGAACGUACACAAUCUCAAGAUUCAAGAGGCCCUGGAGUAUCGUCGUGUUGUUUUUAUGGUUUUCGCAAUAAAGCUGAUUGUGGUCUUUCGGAAGUCUUGAUAACAGACACUCCAAAGGAGUGUACGUCUAUGAUUUACAGUGCAGUUAAUAUAGAUUUAAAUCACAAGGUUUCUGACCACGUAUCGGCCGACAAUUUCAAAACUUUAGAUAAAAUGUUGAAAAGUGGUAAGCGUAUGAUUGUGUAUUAUGGCCGCAAUAAUCAAGCAGAAUGGUCUUCAAUGCUUGCUUGUGAAUCAUCUAACGGAGGAGCAAACUCGAAAGAUGAAAUGAAAGGAUUAAAGGAAUUUUUGGAUGAACAUCCAAAGAUUGCUGGUAUUAUAAUCUACGGCUUACAAUAUGAUACUUCUUCCUCAGAAUUCCCGACAUAUUCUGAAAAUUUUAAAGUAUAUCUCGAUGUGAUGAGAAGCACUUUUCCAGAACUGAUAAUUGGCAUCGAUAUAUUCGGAAUAAUUUUAAUAGAUCAGUAUAACGAUCCUAAGUUUAAAUGGUUGGAUAUUAAAGUAAUAGAUCCUGCAGUAGAUUUUUAUGCUGUUACUCUAGAGUACUUUAAUGACUGCUCUCCUGACUUUAGAAAUACCGGAACCACUCCAAUGAAUGGAUCAAAUACAAGUCAUACAUUGGAAAUAUUGAGAGAUGUCUUAACAAAGUUAUCUUUUCCAAAAGAAAAAACAUAUUUUAAAUUUUCUACGGGCCCAUCAACAAUGAAGGAAUCAGAUAAUCUUUGUACUGCGAAUUUUGAAUUGAUGUGUAAAGACCCAAAAAUAGCAACUGAUUGGUGUGCCGAUACUCAAUUAUCAUUCAAUGAAAAAGGUCGAUAUUCGGAAAAAUAUGGAGCAGGAUUUAUGGCUAAUUAUGUUGACUUUGAUGAUCCUGAUAAUUGCUGUAAUUGUGAAUACCCAUACCCUGCGUUUCAUGCUCUUCUAGAUGGUUUUAAUCUUGUUUCAACAAAAACAUGUGAUUCAUUAAUUAGACAUUAAAAAAUAGCAACAUAAAACUUUGGAAAAUAUCUGCAAUCAUUAAAAUGUUUGUAGUUAAAAAACAAGUUAUAAUUUCAAACCAUAAAUGUAUC